ACGAAGCCCGAACCUGCGAUGGCGACUCCCCCGACCGUUGUAGCUCCUGGCGAGCCCUCGUCAAGGCCUAGGAGCCGAAGGGCCGUCGCUCUGGAACACCGGAGACAGAACAUCAUGACUUUACGAUACCGCUCGUCAACUUCCAGCCUGCGGGACACGGCCGCGAAGCAGCCAGAGCCUUCAUCUACAGGAGAGACUGCUGUACGAGCGGGGAAGAGCAAGGAACGGAAUACCGCAGCCAGACACCACAAGAUCGCCCGUGCUAGCUAUCGACUGCAAGACGUCGACAUCGACAACUGGCUCAAGGAAUCCAUGCCCAUACCGCCGGAUUGGGAGUACGAAGCGCUGCCGCCGCCGCCGCCUGGUUCUGCAGCUGCCAUGUUUGGAGACGAUGGAAGAAAACACCAGCAGGGUUAUGCUUUCUAUCAUCAUCCGCGUGAGGAAGUCGAUCACAUUGCGCCUUUGAACCCCAGACCGGCAGCAGCAGCAACGAAGCACCGGCGAUCCAUGUCUGUGGGACAUGAGGAUGAUAUUGCCAGACCUCGCACAUUCGUACCAGCGGUCCCACAAAUGCGAGUCUCCGACCACUAUCAUCACCACCAAGCGAACGACUCUGCGAGUUCGUCCAACUACUACUCGAGACCUCCCAGUGAGGUGGUCAACUGGCCGUUAGUGAGCACAUAAUAGUGGGGUCCAAGGCUGCAUGUCACAAUACAUAAUUGGGAAGGAGCAUAAUUGGAGUUUUCGGCCAAAUGGAAGAGGGGGUGUAAAGUGUAAAGUGUAACAUUAUACGGCGUUACAUUAUUGGUAUAUGGCAACUUUUACCAGACUGAACAAGUGGUCAAUCAUUAUUUUGGAUUUGGGUGGGGGGCAUUACAGGACUGAUGCCAAACCCAUCAUUCAUUCUCCUUUGCUGGCGAAGAAGAAGGAAACGACAACUCUCUCGAGAUCACGAAUAGGAGGAUAUGCUGGGGCCUUUUGAGUUGGCACGUCAAAGCAGCGAAUGCGAUUUUGCUUGCUCAUUGAGCAUUAAUGGACAGCAAUGAAAGAAGUCAUGUAACAUAUGUAGUCUUCCUAAUUAUAAAAAUAG